AUGUUCGACGAUUCGGACGGUGCGUCAUCUGAAGAUGAUAACUUCAGCUCAUACGGUGAGUCUCCUACAGAAGAUGAAGAUUCACCAACGCUACCUCCUAAAAAGAGAUAUCAUAACUUCUCGAUGAGCGGAUCUAAAGGGAAUCUGGAGGUUCUAAGAUUGGAGAUGUCGUCGAUAGACAUUGCGGUAGGUCAACGAUACGAGAGUAAAGACGAUUUGGAGAGACGACUGAAACUUCUUACAGUGAGGCAUCAAUUUGAUUUUGAUGUAGAAACAUCAACCCCGACAUCAUAUGUUGUUAAGUGUUGGGUUGAUGGAUGUCUCUGGAGAGUUCGUGCUUCUACCCAAGGAGAAUCCCCAGCAUUUUAUGUUCGUAUUUACGAUUCGAAGCAUACAUGUUCCUACACAGAGCGUUCUAAUCGAUCCCGACAAGCAACACCAGAUAUUUUAGGAGAGUUGUACAAGAACUUUCUCGGCGAUGUUGGUUCGGCCGUUCGCUCUACGAGCGUCGGAAUAGCUAUCACUAAGCAGUUUGGUAUAAAGAUGGAUUAUUGGAAAUCACACCGGACGCUGAAAUUUUCAAGGGAAAUCGAUGAGGGAACACCUGAGUGUGGGUUUGAAAGCUUGCAUUCUUACUUAUACAUGAUAAGAAGGGCAAAUCCGAGUACAGUUACGCGUCUUCAAAUCGAUGAGCUUGGAAGAUUAAUGUAUGUGUUUCUUGCCUUUGGUGCGAGCGUAAAUGGGUUUCCUUUCAUGCGCAAAGUUGUUGUAGUCGACGGAACGUUUUUCAAUGGUAAAUACAAAGGGACGCUACUCACAGCACUAGCUCAGGACGGUAACUUUCAGAUUUUUCCAAUAGCCUUCGCAGUGGUUGACACAGAAAAUGAUGAUUCGUGGCAUUGUUUUUUUACGCAACUAAAACUUCUGAUUCCUGACGACGAGGGUCAUGCGAUAAUCUCGGAUAGGCAUAACUCUAUAGGGAAAGCAAUUAGACAUGUGUAUCCGUUAGCUGCUCGGGAAAUAUGCACCUACCAUUUAUAUAAGAACAUAUUGGGACGGUACAAAGGAAAAGAUGCAUUCCGUCUGGUGAAGAAAGCGGCGAGAUGUUUUAGGAUGUCUGACUUUACUGCGAUUUUUGAGGAGAUUGAAGCGAUUAAUCAUGCACUCCACGGCUACCUCCAAAGAGCUGAUGUCUGA